AUGGGCUACGUGGAGGGACAAGGUCUGGGUUCUAGCGGUCAGGGUAUUGUCAGCCCGAUUGAAGCACAGGCACGACCACAGGGUGCUGGUCUAGGUGCUGUUCGGGAGAAGACCAAGCAGGCACGCGAUGAAGAGAAACGAGAGGCCGCGCGCCGCGGCGAAUCGAUCGAAGACAGCUCCGAUGAAGAGAAACGGCGAAGACGCAAGAAGAAGCAAGAGCGCAAGACAGAAAGCCGCAGUGGUACUGGAACGCCGGUGCCCCGACCCAAGCCCAAAUUCCGAACCGCGCGAGAAAUUGAAGAUGCCAUGGAAGGCCUCCAGGUGCCGAAUGUCCUCAAGUCGCUCAUCGAUGCUACCGGCAAGGAGCAGCGCGUCUUGACUUCGACAGCUGGCUUGAUGGCUUCACAAGGGUUUGUCAGUCAGGGCGAAGGGGAGGCAAUGAAGAUUGCGCGACGUGCGCGGACCGACCUCGAGGCCUUUGCGGAUGAAUGGAAAGGGCUGACCGAGCAGAAAAAGUUCAUUGAGCUCGAAGAGGCCCAGGUUGUCGACGAGUUGGAUGCAUAUCAAGCCCGACUCAACCAUCUCACCGGACUGAUUGCUGCUGUGGAAGAGCUGGAUAUCUUCGAGCACGAGGAAAGCAUUGCAUCCAAAUUCAAUGAGAUGACUGAAAAGGUCGAAGCCAUGGAGUCCAAGUAUCGGGACGUUGGGGAUGAAUAUCGACUAGCAGAAACAGUAGUCGCUGCCAUACAUCCGCUCUUCCGGCAGGCCAUGGAAGAGUGGGACCCUCUUCAAGAUCCCAACUUCCUCGUAUCCAACCUCGCUCGCCUCCAACCGAUUCUUUCUCGCCGGACCGAGAACGGAGUUCAACAACGAUCAUCCACAUCUCCCUACGAAACAAUGAUCUACACCCUCUGGCUACCACGAGUGCGCUCCGCACUUCUCAAUGACUGGGACGUUUAUGAUCCGAAUGUUGCAACGUCGCUAGUAGUUGCGUGGAAGCCUAUCGUUCCAGAUUUCGUGUAUGCAAACCUCAUUGACCAAGUGGUUGUUCCAAAGCUCAGCGGAGCCCUGAAAAAGUGGAAACCCAGGAGCAGCCGACGACACCCAUCUCAGCAGGAUGGAAAGUUUCCCUGGUGGUUGUUCACAUGGCUACAGCAUUUGGGUGAACGACAUACCAACCCCAAACAGCCUACAGGUCUCAUGUCCGAUACCAAGAGGAAAUUCCGCGUGGUAUUAGACUCGUGGAGCUUGCGCCGAGGUCUCAUCGAUGGCAUUCAGCUCUGGCGGGACGCCCUUGGCAGCGAAUUUGACGUAUGCCUACGCAAUCACUUGUUACCACGCCUGGCGCGUCACCUUCGUGAAGACUUUACCGUGAACCCUCAGGAACAAGACCUGACAGCACUGGAAGAUGUGCUGCGUUGGAAAGAUUUCUUCCGGCCCAACGUGAUGGGUCUGCUACUUGUCUCCGACUUUUUCCCGAAGUGGCAUGAAAUUUUGUACAUCUGGCUCACCAAUGAUCCGAACUAUGAAGAGGUCGCCGCUUGGUUCACUUGGUGGCAAGCUCAGAUCCCGAAGGAGGUCAAUGAACUGGCUAUUGUCGAGGAUGAAUGGAACAAGGGUCUACAGACCAUGAACCUCGCUGCCGACCUUGGAGACCGCGCUGCUGCCGAACUUCCGCGCCCAGCUGCAAAUGGUGGAACUGCGCUUCCCACUCGACAAGAUGCCGUGGCGGAGGCUGCAGCGGCGGCCGCUGCAGCGAGCAAAGCAGCUCCUGUGCCUCAAGCCAAGCCUGCAAUCGUGGAAGAAAUUGCAUUCAAGGACAUCGUCGAGAACUGGUGUCUGGAACAGGGCCUUAUCAUCCUACCCUUGCGCGAGGCCCACCCCAAAACCGGGCUUCCUCUCUUCCGCAUCACGGCCAGUGCGACGGGCAAGGGCGGCGUGGUGGCAUACCUACAUGGUGAAGUUAUAUGGGUGCAGAACAAGAAGGCCAAGGAUGUCUGGGAGCCAAUGGGUCUAGAGGACUCUCUAGUAGAGCGUGCAGAGGGACGUUAG